AUGGAGCCGAGGGUUGGGAACAAGUUCCGGCUUGGGCGCAAGAUCGGGAGCGGCUCUUUCGGGGAGAUCUACCUCGGCACCAAUAUCCAGACGAACGAGGAGGUUGCGAUUAAGCUGGAAAAUGUGAAGACAAAGCAUCCUCAGUUGCUGUAUGAAUCAAAGAUUUAUAGGAUUCUGCAAGGAGGAACUGGGAUACCGAAUGUCAGAUGGUUUGGUGUAGAAGGAGACUACAAUGUCUUGGUUAUGGAUUUACUUGGACCAAGCCUUGAGGAUCUAUUCAAUUUCUGCAGCAGGAAAUUGUCUCUGAAGACUGUACUUAUGCUCGCUGAUCAGAUGAUAAAUCGAGUGGAAUUUGUUCAUUCCAAGUCUUUUCUGCAUCGAGAUAUUAAGCCAGAUAAUUUCCUUAUGGGUCUUGGCAGACGAGCUAAUCAGGUCUACGUUAUAGACUUUGGCCUUGCUAAAAAAUACAGGGAUACCUCAACGCAUCAGCACAUCCCAUACAGGGAGAACAAAAACUUGACAGGAACUGCAAGAUAUGCUAGUGUGAACACCCAUCUUGGCAUUGAACAAAGCCGAAGAGAUGACUUGGAAUCUCUUGGAUAUGUGCUUAUGUACUUCCUGAGGGGCAGCCUUCCUUGGCAAGGUCUUAAAGCAGGAACAAAGAAGCAAAAGUAUGAGAAAAUUAGCGAGAAGAAAGUUGCAACAUCAAUUGAGGCUCUAUGCCGUGGGUAUCCUACUGAGUUUGCAUCAUAUUUCCAUUAUUGCCGCUCACUGCGGUUUGAUGACAAGCCUGACUAUUCAUACCUCAAGCGAUUAUUCCGUGACCUUUUCAUUCGUGAAGGUUUUCAGUUUGACUAUGUAUUUGACUGGACAAUACUGAAGUACCAACAAUCUCAAAUUGCCACUGCUCCACCCCGUGCGGGCCAUGGCGCGGGGCCUUCUGGGUUGGCACCUGCAUUACAGAAUGACAGGCAAUCAGGCCCUGAGGAAGCAAGGACUAGUGGUUGGUCAUCAAUGGAUCGGCGUCGUGCCCCACUACCAAUUACAAGCGUGGGGACGUUAUCUAAGCAGAAAGCACCAGUAGGGAAUGAUGCCACUGUUUCUAGAGAUGCCGUGAUAUCUGGACCAAAUUUUCUGGGAAGGUCAAGUGGAUCUUCAAGGAGGCCUGUUAUUUCGAGUAGCCGUGAUGUGGCGGCCACUGAUAGUUCUGAGCCUUCACGAGCACGUGCAACUGAUGCAAGCCCUGGGGCGUUCCGCAGAGUCUCAGGUCCCCAGAGAAGCUCACCUGUCCAUUCUGCAGAACAAAAGCGCUCAUCCUCAGGCCGGCAUCCAUCUAAUGUGAAGAACUAUGAUUCUGCUCUCAAAGGCAUUGAAGGUCUUAAUUUUGAUGGUGACGAGAGGGUUCAGUACUAG